GUUUAGAAUUAAAAAAAUAAAAAACAAAAACAUAAAUAGAUGUCUUCUUUUCCUUCCUAACGUCAAUUUCAUUCUCAAAUUAGGGUUUUUUGUUUUGUUUGUUCAAUUUUAAUCUCAAUCUCAAUUAAAUCUCUUUUCUCUCAAACGUUAAAAUAAUCGAAACGUUUUCUCGUAUCUAAUAAUCGGAUUCGAUACGAAAUCGAAAACGAGGAGAGACAUUUAAAUCGGAGAUUUCUUACGUCGAUAACAGAAAUUCAAUCAAUCUUGAAGAUGGGUUCUGAACAAAACGAUAGCACAAGCUUUCCUCCAUCUGAAUCGAUCCUCUGCGCUAACGGGUGCGGGUUCUUUGGCACGGCGUCGAAUAUGAACCUUUGCUCUAAGUGCUACCGCGAUUUCCGUGGACAAGAAGAACAGGCCGCAUCCGCUAAGGCUGCCAUGGAAAAGACGCUCAGCAUCAAACCCAAACAAGAGAUUAAUAACCAUAAUCAAGAAUUGGUGGUUGAGCCUGCGGUGAUUGAGAAAAAUUCAUCUGCAUCGUCUUCAUCGGGAUCAACACAGGCGGUGGCGGCCCCCGCUGAUCAGGGGCCGCCGAAGGCAGCGAGCAGGUGCUUGUGCUGCAAUAAAAAAGUGGGGUUGACAGCGUUUGUUUGCAAGUGCGGUAGCACUUUCUGUGGGAGUCAUCGGUACCCGGAGAAUCAUGAUUGUUCUUUUGAUUUCAAAGGAAACGGGAGAAACGCCAUCGCCAAGGCGAACCCAGUUGUGAAGGCUGAUAAAGUUGAGAGGUUCUGAAGAUGGGGAUAAUGAUCCUAGUGUCUGGAUUGUUAUUCUUGAUGAUGGUGCUGGUCUUAUUUUCAGUUGUUAGGUUUCUUUGGAAUUAUAGGUUAUUAGUGUUUAGUGGUUUAUAAAGUUCUUUUUUAUGCAGGUUUGGUUAAUGUAAUGUGGAAGGUAUGUGGGGAGAGAGUGGAUUGGAUGAUUGUGUUCAGGGGAAGAGUUGGGGGAGGUUUGAUUCCAUAAUAAAAUGGAGAUCACUGGAUUGUUUGCUUAUGAAUACUUUGGCUUUCCUCUUUUCGGUGCCGAUCCAUGUAUCUGUCUAUCUAUUUACCGCGUUGAUAUUUAUAUAAAUUUGCUUGCUUUUCUGUGUGUA